AUGAAGAGGCUGCAAGGGAAGGUUGCUGUUGUGACGGCCUCAACGCAGGGAAUAGGCUUCGGAAUCGCCGAGAGGUUCGGGCUCGAGGGCGCGGCCGUGGUCAUCUCUUCCCGCAAGCAGGUCUGCUUAUGUGUAGUUUUUGAGCCGGGAAUGGAGUUAUGGGAGGAAUUCAAAUGCGAAUUGGCUAUCAGUCGGUUUCUCAGGGCUUCUCCCGUGAUUUUGCAGAAGAAUGUGGACGAAGCAGUGGAGAGACUGAAGGCGAAGGGGAUUGAGGUGAUGGGAAUCGCCUGCCAUGUAGCCAACGCUCAACAACGGAAGGACCUAAUCGAGAAAACUGUUCAGGUUAGUCGCCGGACGUGAAUGAAUCAUUAUCCUUAGAUUCCUUUCGGGGGUCACGAAUAUCUGCAGCCGGUUGGUAUAUCUACCACGAUAUGCUGAUUAAUGAAGAAUCGAGCAUCGUGAUCUCUGUCAAUCUUUCUCGCUUCACAUCUCUCUCAUUUCUCUCUCCUUUCCUACUCUUCUCCUUUUGUUGCUUUGUUUUGUUCUCAUGCUUUCUUUUUUUCUUGAAUUUUCAUUUAAACUGUUUUUACAACUAUGGUGAUUCAUUUGUCUUAAUAUAUGAUAAUUUCCUAUAGUUCCUUCCAUUUGGUUUCUUUCCCCCUUACUCAUAGGUCUGUUACACGAACCUUAUUGAAACUAGCCCUCUAGCAAUCACCGACAUACUGAGUUGGUAUCAAAGCCAGCUGAUCAAUAAUUUCUGUGGUGUCAAAAAGGUAAACUUGCUCAGAUCCUUUAUUCAGUCCCCCUGCUCACCAAGAGGAUGGAGGUGAUGGAUAGCAAUAACAUACUUAAGCUUGAUCAUGUGGAAGACUGACUUAGAUUUUAUAGACCAGAGGAUCAAGGACAAAAUGAUUUGGAGCUGUUGAUUCUUGACAUCAAUGAAGGUUGCAUAUUUGAGGCAUUUGCAUAUGGACCUUCUUGUUUCAUAAGGGUUCAACAAUCCUCAUAAUAGAUAUUUUGGAAAUAAAAUAUUUUAAAACGAAAAACACUCCUCUUGAAUAAUAGAUGUCGACACUGGCUAUACACCUUAGAGAGAGACUCAUUGAUUGUUCUAGACGGUUCAUAAAGUGAACACACAUCUUAUAUGAACCGAUGCUUAAUGAGUUCAAGGCUAUUUAGCCCUCACAUGUGUAACUAUAUGAGCAGCUAGAUUAUUUCAAGAAAGAUUCUUAUCUUGGAGAAAAUUUAACAGAAGUGGGAACAAGAAGAGGCUCUUGAUGAUAUACUUGGUGAUAACUAAGUCCAUUUUAAACAAUAUCGGCUUGUCAUCUUGUGAUGAGUGUAAGUAAAGAAGAGAAGGAAUUGUGUUUUAUGCUUAAUUGGUUAUUACCCUAAUCAUAUUUAAAAAUAUGAAAUGAUAUUAAUUCCAUUAGUUGUGAUGAUUUGGAUAAAGUUGAAUAAGAAAUUCCAUGGAAGGGGGUUGAAGAUUUACAGUCUAUAGUUUCAGUACGAGUUACAUAUUUAGUUCAGAAACAUUGAUGUUGGAUGGGACUAUAAGAUUGUAAAUCGAGCAUUGUAAUCAUCAUGAUUGUUUAUGGAAUGUGCUAGCUAAUAAUUUAAGUGUUUCUAAGGGAAAGAGUUGUAUGUAUGUAAUGCUUGCCCAUGGGAUCCACAUUUAAGUGUAAAGCUAUGAACUCCAAAUUAAGGAUAAUAUCCAGGUCAAGAACUUGAGUGAAAAGUAACAUAUUAGCCUUUGAAGAAUGAGUCAUAGUGUCAACAAUAUGCCAACUAGAAAUAUGGUUGAAGAGUUCACUAACCCUUAAAAGAUAAUAGCAAAACCACCACAUCAAAACAUUGGUUUACACCACUAUGAAAAUGAGUCAUAGAAAAAAGUGGGCUGUGAUCCAUCUUGUAUGCAUGCCUACUGUAAAUACAUUUCCUGUGCUUCCAAGUUACACUAGACCUAUCCUUUUACUGAAAUAGGAAUAUGUUUACUUAGAGCUUACCUGGAGAUUAUCUUCCUUCUCAGCCCUGUUUUGGCUGCUCGUCGAGUUCACAUAUAUACGACUGAAAGGAUCCCUAAUUUCUUCUUUUCAUAGAAUAUUCAAAUUCUUUGCAUUAUCAUUAGAACAGUGGAGGCUUCUCUGUUGUGAAUGAGAGCAAACAUGUACUAAUGUUGAAGAAGAUUUUAGGGUGUUGGGGGAAAUAUUAAGAAAGAAUUGGAAGAAACUUCAAUUAUUGGGAUUAGGAAAGGCAUAUUACGUGGAAAGUGGGGAUUGUCAACAAAAAGGGUGGAUGACUUCAGGCCCCUUGAUAAAUCUGAUUAUGGAAAAAAUAUGAAGAAAGGCUUCAAAGAAAAUGCUAUCAAAAAAAAUGUUUCUCUUAGCACUUGUAGUGGCAGAUUUGGCUGUACGAAGAUUCUAUAUAUCUCAUGUACUAUAUGUUCUGAACAACAGUGCUUCUACUUUCACCAAAGAGGCAAAAUAAAACAAUCAAUUAUAAUUAGAGUAGAGCUUUCAUGAAUUAAUUUUCCUAUGAGGCUUUUAAUUUAUGUUGAAUCGACAUCUUACUUUCAUCAAAAAUAAUUAUUUGUCAUCAUUGUUUGGUCGCAUAUUUGUAAACAUUCUUAACAUCCUGGUGCAAUAUAAAUAAAUAUUGUUCUAAUGUUGUUUAUUGAUUUGAAAUAUGACAUCUGUCUAACAAUUAUAAACUUACUUGCUGCUUGAUUCUAUCUCAGAAAUAUAAGCAUAUAGAUAUUGUUGUCUCAAAUGCUGCUGUUAAUCCAACCGUUGAUCGCUUAUUGGCUACCGAAGAAUCUGUUCUUGACAAACUAUGGGAGAUCAAUGUUAAGGCUUCGAUCUUGCUCUUAAAGGUAACUAAUUGGAUUUCAAUGCUGGAAUAGAAUACGGCAUUCUUACUUGGCUCAUAGUUCACUUGUUUGGCAGGAUGUGGCACCCUAUCUCCGCAAGGGAUCAUCUGUGAUCUUGAUCUCUUCAAUUGCAGGUUACCAACUAGGUCAAGCAUUGUCCAUGUAUGCAAUCACAAAGACGGCAGUUUUGGGGCUUACCAAGGUAAUCUUAUUGUGCUGGAAGGGAAGGUUCAUUCAUGAAUUAAGUUUUGUGUUCACCUAUUCUACUAGGUUUUAGAAUAUCGUAAGUACGCUAUUGAUGUUAAAAUGAAAUUCCUAACAAUGAUUACGAUGUUUUGGAGAAAGAAAAGGAUAAAGAGAAGUCAUUCAAACCCCAGAUAUCCAAAACAAGUACAUUAUAACAUCUUGAGUACUACAAGCUAGGAUAUAGGGGGAAGACUUUGUAAGCUCCUAGGCAACGCCAGAAUACUAAAACAAAGUCAUUUGAUCAUUUUUUAGUAGCUGCACAUGAUGUUUAGAAUUAAGAAAUUAGGAUAAACAUGAAUAGAUCUUAUGAUAAUAAAGAUCCAUACAUAGGCUUCUAAACCUAGGAUGAUUAUAGAAAGAGCUAACUUUAGCAUAUUUCCAGCAUCAACUUAUGAUUGAUGACGUGGAUGAUCAAACCAUAAGAACUGUUUUUGGCACAAAAUUCAAACUCCUUUCAAAGGAACAUGGUUUUGUAUACGAAGUGCACGUUUUUGUUUAAUCUUGCAUCCAUGAUAUAAACCAUCAAAAUUGAGAUGAUUCAUAGUUUUGUGUAGCUACCACUAAAUAUUUGUUUGUCACAGUUCUUUGCUGCCUUAACGGGGGUGGCUCAUAACUUGAAAGUUGGCCUUGCACCAAAAUUUUCGGUUGGAUUGUACAUGUGAUGUUGAAUAGAGCUAGAUGCAUAAAAAAAUCGUUAACUAACGAGAUUUUAACUAAAUGCGGUGGUACUAUCGCAAACGACUUUCAAAAAUCUAAUUGUUACUUGAAAUAAAGGAAUUUCAGGGCACAACUGAAUCAGCUUUUCGAAACCUUAAAUAUGCUCCUUGCACGCUCUGUUCUCUAGAUAUGAAACUGAUGCACCAACAAACUCUUCCGUCACCUUUUUGAGAGAAAUCGAACUUCCUUCUCUCAUCUGGGCCACAUUAGUUUGCAGUGCAUACUUAUUUCACAUCCCAUUUAUAAAUCAGGUUGUUUUUCCCUUCAACAGAAUUGAUGAAUUAAAAGGUUAUUAUGUUUCUUUUGUAGGCACUUGCAGCUGAAAUGAGUCCAGAUACACGUGUCAACUGCAUUGCUCCAGGAUUUGUUCCUACCCAUUUUGCUGACUAUUUAUUAAGAUCCGAUGCCAUAGUAAGUCAAAGCUUCUCAUCCAAUUUAGAUAUGAUGUUUGAAAUUCCAUAUUGGAUUUCUCACUUUGCUAUAGAGCUCAGCUUCUCGCAUUUCCUACACAGUUGUGUUAUAUACAUCCUGUGCACUUUUCUUUUAUUCUCCAGGACUGCAAUGGUGAUGAAGACUUACCAUGACAGAUAUUAGUUUGACCCAUUAAUAUUUUCUAGAAGAAGUUGUAUCUUCCAUCCUUUCCUAUUGUUUUUCUAUUUGAUAUUUGAUGGGCUGUCAUUAUGCAGAGAACUACCAUUGAAAAUCAGACGUUACUGAAUAGGCUUGGUACAACUGGUGAUAUGGGAGCAGCUGCAGCAUUUUUGGCCUCUGAUGAUGCAUCUUACAUCACAGGAGAGACCCUAGUUGUGGCUGGAGGGAUGCCUUCAAGGCUUUAA